AUCAUAGUAGUCAUUCAAAUUCAAGAGAAUCUCAAGUUUGUUCAUCAGUUAUUUUUGUACUGAAUAAAAUAUUCGAAUUUAAUUUUUUAGACACUUGAUUUAUUAGAAAGAUUUCCUGUAAAAGUUCAUACUGCUAAAGAUGAACAAACUAGUGAACCUUUAAAUGUAACACAAUCAGAACAAAUAGCUGACAAAGUUCAAACACCAUUUUUAAAACAUACUUUUGUAUCUCAAGAAUUAUUAGAUAAUGUUCAAGAUAUUUAUACAAAUGCUGAAUUAUUAACUGUUUAUGAUCCAAGCAAUCCAAUGAUUAAACGACGACGACAUGAAAAUAGUAUAUUACUUCAUCAAAAAAAAACAUAA